GACCGCUGCCCGGACCUGCCCUCCCAGGCCGGCUCCAGGAGGCACUGGGGCCCGGCUGGGCCAGGUGAGGCUAACAGCUGGGAGAGCUGUCCUGGCGCCAAGGAUCCCGCCGGGGGAAGGCGAGUCAGUGGGGGCAGGGCUCCUGGAAUCCGGAUCAGCAGGUCGAGCUGGAGGCCCUCCACCCCCAUGUCACCCGGAGAAAAACCGGACCCACUUCCUGACACCUUCAUCCUGCAGCCCCCAGUUUUCCACCCGGUGGUUCCUUACGUGACGACAAUUUUCGGCGGCCUGCGCGCAGGCAAGAUGGUCACGCUCCAGGGAAUGGUCCCUCUCGACGCACGCAGGUUCCAGGUAGACUUCCAGUGCGGCUGCAGCGUGCAUCCCCGGCCGGACAUCGCCAUCCACUUCAACCCUCGUUUCCACACCACCAAGCCCCACGUCAUCUGCAACACCCUGUACCUCGAGCGCUGGCAGGCCGAGGCCCGGUGGCCCCGCCUGGGCCUGCAGAGAGGAGCCAGCUUCCUCAUCCUCUUUCUCUUCGGAAAUGAGGAAAUGAAGGUGAGCGUGAACGGACAGCACUUUCUUCAAUACCGCUACCGGCUCCCGCUGUCCCGUGUGGACACCCUGGGCAUAUUUGGUGACAUCUUGGUGGAGGCCGUUGGGUUCCUGAACAUCAACCCAUUUGCAGAGGGCAGCAUUGAGUAUCCGGUCGGAUAUCCCUUCCUGCUGAAGAGCCCCAGCCUGGAGGUGCCCUGCUCUCGGGCCCUUCCCAAGGGUCUCUGGCCGGGACAGGUGAUCGUACUGCGGGGGCUGGUCUUGCCAGAGCCAAAGGACGUCACGCUGAGCCUGCGGGACGAGGCGGCUCACGUUCCUGUGACGCUCAGGGCUUCCUUCGCAGACAGAACUCUGGCCUGGAUCGCGCCCUGGGGGUGCAAGAAGCUGAUCUCGGCCCCCUUCCUGUUCUACCCCCGGCGAUUUUUCGAGGUGCUGCUCCUGUGCCAGGAGGGAGGGCUGAAGCUGGCGCUCAACGGGCAGGGCCUGGGGGCCACCAGCGUGCACCAGCAGGUCCUGGAGCAGCUGCGGGAGCUCCGGAUCAGUGGCAGCGUCCAGCUCUACUGUGUCCACUGCUGAGGAGUGAGCCAGGGGCCCCGCCAGGGAAGAGAAGGACCAGCCCACGCCCGGCACCCCUCCAUGCGGCUCCGCUCUCCUCCCUUCGAUACACUGUGCGCCUGUCCACCCCCCCACCCCCUGCUUUCGGAGGCCCCAGCCUGGGAUUGGCACCCCCUGUGUGCACUCACAUCUCAUCCACAAGCACUCGGUCCCGGGGCCACGCUGUGUGCAAGGAAGGCUAAAAAUGGCUCUCCAGCGGGAUGGCCGUGUGCCCGGCCACGGUGCUACUGCUGUGAUUCCUGGUAUAUGUGGGGCGUUCCUGGUAUGUCUGUUUAUACCAUCUGAUUCUGUGGUGGCCUCCACUUCCGGUGCUAUUUUUCCUUGUAUUUUCAGCUUGCCUGCUUGCUGUCGGGUUGAUGAAAUCUUUAUCACCCUGCCUACCUUUUUUCUCCAAAACCCUCUCUUGUGUCACUGCUUUGUCAUCCUACCUCCCGUCAUCCCUCCCCUAACCCCAGCCACCCGAGGAUCUGUUUUCCACUCCUACGUGUGGCCUGUUUUGGAAAUGCCGUUAUCAAUGGAAUCCUACAGUAUCCGACCUAUUGAAUCUGGUUCCUUUCGUUGUGCAUCAUCGUUUUAGCUCCAUCUAAGUAGCUGUCUAAGCAUCAGGGACCAGUUCUCUUUGUUACUCAACAGUAUUCCAUCGUGCCACAAUUCAUUUACCGACCGACCCAUCGAAGAACACUUGGGUGGUUCCAGGUUUGGGCAGUCAUGAGUAGAGCGCUACUAAAAACGGUUGUGUACAAGUCUUUGAUGAACAUGAGCUGUAAUUUCUCUAGGGGAGGUACCAGGUAGUGCGAUUUCUGGAUCAUACGACAGAGGCACCUUUAUCAGACACCGCCCAACGGUUUUCCAGAGUUAUUUCAGAGCGGCUGUGCCAUUUUGCAUUCCCACCAGCAACGUGGGAAACUUCUAGCGGUUUUGCAUCCUCGUACUUGUGAUUGUCAGUGGGUUUUUUUGUUUGUUUGGGUUUGGUUUUUGUUUUUUAAUUUUUUUAAUGUUUAUUUAUUUUUGAGAGAGAGAGAGAGACACACACACACAGAGCGGG